UUUGUCAUGGUGGAUUAUUAUAUGCAAUUUUGAUGUAUCUUUUGAUAAACCCCUGUUUCGUGGACUAAAUAUUCUGCCUUUGCUUGUGGUCACAUAUUGUUCAAAGCCGGCUCUAGUCCCUCCUCUAAAGCAUAUAAACCAUCUUGUUUUGGCCCCAUGUCAUGCAAAAUUAAACAAACCACAUUUUAAAACAUCCUGUGUAGUUUAGCUUUAGAUGGUUGUAAGCAGGUAAAUGACACUCAUGUCCUAAAUUCAAUUCACUUUAAACACUUCAUUUUAGUUUUUCCAAAGACAACUUUUCAUUUUGUUAAUAUUUCAUUAUUUUAUAAGAGCUACAUAUUUGAUAUUUUACAUGUCUUAAGCCUCUUAGUUAUAUGGAAUGGCACUAGGCAUGAUCACCCAAUCUUUCGAAUGUGUGGAUGGGACAGAAUGUGAUAGUUUGCUAUGGGUUAUGCAAUCAGUUUGGACUCUCAAGUGUCUUUGAAGGAAAUUGCUUUUCUUUAAUACAAGUCACUCAUUCAACUCUAUAUUGAAUCUCAGAUUAGAGAGAUUUUUAAUCAGAAAUUGAAGCAACUACUGAUAUCAUUUAUUGUUUUUAUGUGUUUAAUAUUGUCAAACAUCUAAGCUGUGGCAUGAAUGAUGAGGUCAAAAAGCUAUGCAGCUUCGAAAAAACUAAAAAAGAACAAGUUGUAGGGAGUUUGAUUGGGCACCAAGUCACGGUAUAUUAAUAAUAAUCAGAAAGGUGAGGCAACUACUGCUAUGAGCAAAUCAAAAGGACAUGUCUCAUUAUAGAACUUGAGAACGUCGGAAAUUUUAAUAUUUGUUCCACAACAUGGAAAACACCAACUUCUUUUUUCUGUCGUAUACUUGACCAGAAAACUAGCAAAUAAUGCUUUUACAGUAAGUUUGGUACAGAUCCAACACAAAUUAUAUAAAAUGCGGUGACUCUGGUAGCAAUUCUCUAUAAGCAGAUGCAAUAAUCACAACCUUUAAAUUGUGUUUGUAAUGUGGUUUUUAUUAAGUUAGAUGAAUUUAGAAUCUAAAACCAAUUGAUGAAAAUCGAUUGUCUCUUUUUUUAAAAGAUAUAUUCUAACUUUUGAUGUAGAACAUUAUCUAUAAUUCACUAUUUUGAGACGAUUGCUUGUUAGCUAUUAAUCUCAAAAUUUUUUUGGCAAAGAUUGAUGAGACCAACUUUGGAUUGAAAUAAUUAUGGAUUAUGUUUGAUACCAUAUUAGUUUCAAUCUAAAAACUAAAAUUAAUCGGUGAUAAAUAGAUUAGCCAACUUUUUACAUAUUAUUAUUUAAGAUCCAUUUGAACUCGAAGUCUCGAACAGAAAUUAUACCUAAUAAUUUUAUCAAUGAAAUUGUGCAUUCUAAAUAGAGAUUUGUAAGUUUGUUUUGUUUUGUCUACCAAAACUAAUUAAGAAUCAAGAAGUAAUUAAUGUCUUAAUAAUUGUUUUAUGACGUGUCAAUUACAAUUUUGUGUCUCCUCUCCUUUCUUCUCUGACCCACAAAUAAACAAAAAACAGCUUAUCCGUCUCCUUGUCUGCAUGAUGAUGCAAUUUUUCAGACAAUUUUCAUCCAAAAUUCUCAUCCAAAUUCUUUCGUAACUUUUUUUGUUUUUUUUUCCUCUCCAGUAGUCAUACAAAGACAAUUUGUUCUCCCUGUUCUGCAAAGAAAAAAAAAACAACAACUGAUUCUUGGAGUUUUUAGUUUUCUUUUUUUCAAGAAAAUUAGAAUUUUUCGAAGGACGCUUUGAUGGAUUUGCAUUUGCAUAUUCGACCCUGGUUUACGGUAUUCUCGAUAAAUCCUUUUAAGAAAACUUUUCUUUGGUGCAAUUUUGUUUUGUUGUUUGACAAAUGCAAUGGAUCUUCAGGGGAUGUCGUGAAAAAUCUUUCAGACAAAAACCUGUUUGAAUGUCUCUCCCGUGUUCUCAUUGUCUCGGCUCUAGUUCGAAAAUGUCUGUCGGUCAAGAAAAUGUCUAUCCUGUCGAAGUUCCUGGGUCGCGUGCUUGCUUAUAUGACCUUUUAUGUUCUGACACACCAAGAUGGACUCUUCAAAUGGAUUUGCAGACAUCUUCUUCUUCUGAUCCUCGAGAUCGGUUGGAGAAGUUGCUGAAGCAACCUGGUAAUAAAUAUUGUGCUGACUGUGGAUCUCCCAAACCGAAAUGGGUAUCUUUAAACCUCGGUGUAUUCAUCUGCAUUAAGUGUUCUGGUGUACACAGAAGCCUUGGAGUUCAUAUAUCAAAGGUUUUAUCAGUUAAGCUAGAUGAGUGGACAGAUGAUCAAGUUGAUAUGCUCGUAGGGUGCGGUGGAAACACUGUAGUGAACCAAAGAUUCGAAGCUUGCAACAUCGACCAGUUAAAGAAACCUAAACCAGAUUCCAAUAAUGAGGAACGCAAUGAUUUCAUCAGGAAGAAAUAUGAGCUGCACCAGUUUAUGGAUCCAAAAGAUAGUGAUUUGUGCUCUCAUCAGCAGCCUAGCCAAGUAAAUAAUCCACCAGCGUCUUUAUGUUCUUCUAGCCACCGUUCUGCGAAAAACCGUAUUGGUCAUGCUCUUAGGAAUAGCUGGGGAAGAAGAGAAUCUGAUCACAAAGGCACAAAGAAGAGCAAUUCUCUGGCAGGUAUGGUUGAGUUUGUUGGAUUGAUUAAGGUUAAUGUGGUUAAAGGAACAAACCUUGCGGUUCGAGAUGUGAUGACCAGUGAUCCUUAUGUCAUCCUUUCUCUUGGCCAACAAUCGGUAAAAACAAGGGUGAUAAAGAACAACUUGAAUCCUGUGUGGAAUGAGACGUUGAUGCUUUCGAUACCUGAGCAGGUGCCUCCUCUCAAAGUGCUAGUGUACGACAAGGACAAGUUCACGACGGAUGAUUUCAUGGGAGAGGCAGAGAUAGACAUAGAACCAUUGGUGAGUGCAGCAAUAGAGUACGAGACAUCAACCAUAAGAGAAACGAGGCGGCUGGGGAGUUGGCUGGCGUGCAAAGAGGAUACAUCGGUGAGUGAUGGAAUAGUCUCACAUGAAGAAGUGAAAGUGAAACAAGACAUUUCACUAAGGCUUCAAAAAGUGGAGAGAGGUGUUCUUGAGAUCCAGAUUGAAUGUCUUCCACUAACUCAAUGAUAAACACUUUCGUUUUCUCCCUCGUUUUCUUGUUGUUGUUUAUAUUGAUAGUGAAGAGAUGCUACUUUUUUCUUGAGAUACCUCAAAACCUAUGUACAAAAACGCAUAAUCUGAUUGAUGAUUGACAAUUCUUUCAGAACCAAUCCUAGUUUCUACCAAAUAAUAUGAAAACAAGCAAUAGCUU